CAUCAUAACCGAAAAGUUYAGCACAAGCCAAAGCUGUCAAACGAGAAAGAGGGUAUGCUGAUGUCGGGUUCGAAAUCGUACGCCGUUUGCAGAAAUGUUUGUCUCUUCGCGUUGUGGAGCGCCACCGCCUUUACAUCUGCUUUCGUUCCACAAAAUGUGUUGCUGGCACGACAACGUGGACACACGUUCUCUCGCAUUGAGGAACGGCUAGAAUCGCAGCGAGUUUCGGCGUCUACAUCCAUUGCAAUGGCGGAUGGUGACGAAAGCGAAUCCAAAAGUGAUCCGGCUACUCCCGAGGAAGGAUUCGUUCUGAGAAAAUCGAGGCUGGUGUGGCUGACGGGAUUCGAGGACCUGAGGGUAUACGACCACGGUGGAUUUGUGGAGGCGUUCACGAGAGCGAUUGGAAACGGUGAGACCAACGAGUUGAUCAUUCCGGUCUUUGCAAUCGAUCCAGAGGUUCAUCUUCGUUCGCAAUCUGCUUCGUCCCUAAAACGAUUGCACAAGUCCCUGACGGCUCUCGAAAAGGAAAUCGAGUCGCUGUCGCUACCGUCUCUACUGUCGAACCUGGUGGUGCGGAUGGGACCGGCGUCCACGAUUUUGCCCUCCCUGGCAAAAGAAACAAACGCAGUUGCCUGCCACGUCGUCGAAGACGAUGUUGUGAACAGCAUGAGAACCGCGCAGCAGUCGACUUGCACGGCCCUCGACGAAAUGGGCGUAGAGGUGCACCGCUGGUCGAAUCGGUUGAGACCCUCCGUACCCUGGUCCAGUGAGGAGAUGCCGAGUUUCUUUCCCGCCUAUUGCGAGAUUGCUGACGCCCUGCCGGUAGUGGCUCCGGAUAAUGGAAAGAUCAUCCAUGACAUMCGGGCGAAGAAUGCCGAAAUGGGAGGAGACUCUACAUUGAUACGGUCCGAAGGGAUACCAUCUGUUGGAGAGCUUCUCAGCAUUGCAGAAUCUGUCACACCCAGCACCGUACUAGAGGCAAGGUCGCAAAAGUAUGUAGAUACCACGGAGCCUUUCGAAACGGUUAUAACCGAGAAAUGGUCGACAGAACGGGGGGCGAAGAAGGCAUUGAAAGAAUACUGCCAAACCGGAAAUGACGAAUUCACAGACAAGUACUUCGUCGCAUCCGACGCUGCCAACAAAGGAUCCCAGAGCAAAAAGAGCCUGUACGCUAUGUCGAUCGCAAGGCUAUUGAAAUCGGCCCCUUCUGCAAAUGAGGCCUUGGCACUGAGAGAGGGACCAACCAGAACCUUUUCCUCCGCCUUGAAUCUUGGUGUGGUAAGUGCCCGGGAUGUUGUAGAUGCAGCAAGAAAUAGGUCCCCCGUGACCCCGCCAGUGUUGCUGUGGGAUUCCAAGAUCAAGAAGAAAAAUAUCGGCGACAACAACCGUGCCGGUUUGUCCCCGUCCGACAGUUCGCUUUGGGGCCGCAGCAGUGAAGGCAGCUUGUCAGAUGUCAUUGAGUGGAGGGAGUGGGUAAGUUAGAUAGCGGAAAGGACGCUCCUUGAACCGUUUUCUACGAAAGAAUUUUUUUAAAAGUGAAACAGAAAAUCACAAAUCGAUCCGCACAACACUAACUCCGUGGUUUCGUUGCUUUCAAUCAAAACUUUUUUUCUCCGCAGUUCCAUCUACUCGCAGAACGCUCGUUAGCGCUUCAGGAAAUCGAUCAACCGGCCACAUCGGGUGGUGAGAAGACCGGGAUGACGAACGAGAACAACAAGGACAAAGAUCCAGAUCCGCGUGAAAGUGGAACUGUCAAUUACUGGAGAUGGAAAGGGCAGCACCUUGUGAGAUACCUAACCUUUCCUGCCGGAAAGGACUACGACGCACAAGAUGAAGAGUCGCGUGAUCCAGCCAUACUAUUAGUUCAUGGUUUUGCAGCCUCGGCCGAGCAGUGGGAACGACUUGUCUACAGUCUCCGACAACAGAGAAUAGAAUCGACUGGUGGAAAAGAUACAACUCCACCCGUGUAUGCGGUGGAUCUUCUUGGGUUUGGUCACUCGGAGAAGCCGGGUCUAAGUUAUACACAAUACCUUUGGGAAUCGCAGAUUAUUGACUUCGCCACCGAGGUCAUGGAAGCCGUGCCCAUGGUCAUGGUGAGUACAUCUGUAUUCUGUUGUGUCUCUGCCUCAUGAAGAUGUAUUGCCGCAUCUGCAAAUACAUUGUACGUUCUUUCUUCCUUAACGGUUGCUUUCUUUUUUCUUGAUUUGGUGGCAACUGUGGCGAUGUAGGUGGGCAACUCGAUUGGCGGUGGACUUUCUGCGGGUGCGGCAGCGUCUCUGGGAAAAAAGAUUUGUCGAGGUUUGGUGUUGUUGAACACUGCAGGGCUCCUGCUUGACCCUGAUACAUACGAUGGAUACAAGAGCCCCGUCGACAGUGACACAGAUAUCUAUAUUGACUUCAGUUCUCACACUGAGGCAGCKAUCAACGGUAACCCGGAGGAGGUGUACAACACUGUACCGCUGUUUGGAAAUAAGGCUCUUGAUCUUUUUGGCUCAGCGAUUGUGGGAUUAAUUUAUCCGCAAAUCGAAGAAAGAUUAUCGCUAAUCUACGGAAACAGGAUAGAGAAUGCAGACCCUGCUGUUGUAUAUGCGAUACAGCAGUCAGCGCUGCACCCAGGUAGUUCCAAUGUGAUCGGUAGUGGACAAAAACUUGCGCCCAAUCGACCACUGAAUGAGGUAUUGAUGGGCGUUGGAGAAGAAGACGGAGAAAAGGGUUUCCCUACCUUGGUAGUUGUUGGACUAGAUGAUAGAGUGUCUUCUCCUGCGGCUGCUAAGAUCAGAGCUGAAACGUUUUCUAGGUUAGAAAGGUUGAAUCCGGAUACAGUAACGCUCGAGAAGAUUGCCGACGCAGGACACUGUCCCCACGACGAGGCUCCAGACAAGAUUGCAAAUGCAAUGCUGAAAUGGUUCGCUUCUUCAUCGUACUCUGGUGAAUCCAUUGCAGAAACACAAAUGGAAAAAGAAUGCUGACCACGGAGAAGUAAACGAGCGAGCCAACAAUCCUAUUCUGGGUAGAUUGAAAUAAUGUUAUUCCAUGCCA